AUGGCUUCUUACCAGUGUGAUCGAUGUCUGAAACAGUUUUCGUCCUAUUAUAAUGUCAGGCGACAUAAGGCGAGCCAUUGUGCAUAUGCAAAGAUUGACGAUAAUGCGUCGAUGGAUGGAGGAGGAAGUAGCUACUCAGAUGAACAAAGUGUGGACUCUUUUCCAGUCGAAGAAAGUGUUACGGAAACUGAGGAAGAUGAAAACAGUGAGAAUUCCGAAGAUGAUGGUGAAAUAAAGGAAGAGAUUGAUCCUUCGGCAACCAUGAUUGACCAUGCAAAGGCGACCGUUCGACCAGAGUAUGAUGAAUUUAUGAAAACGUUGCAAAUGGAUGGGCAAGAAGAAAAUGCAGCUAAGCAGAAAGCCUUUGAAAACGUUCUCCCUGAACUUCAGAAAGAAUUCGCUGACGUUUACGUGGAUAAUUUACGAUGGAUGAAUUCACUUAAAAAUGAUCCUGUGCAUAGAAAGAUUAUGGAAACGAAGGAUACAUUAGCGAACGAAGACUCGUUUGAUCGUGAUAUAUGAAGCUUUAUCUGCAGCGGUUGACAAAAGAAAGUUUCUGUUGAAACAGCUUUUAGAAGAUCAAGGACGUUUUUCAGAUAGUGAUGAAUCGUUGUAAUGUUUUUGUGAAAUAAAUAUUUAUUAAAAUUGUAUUGUCAUUGUUUCAUUGCAGCAAUACGUCCUUGUAG